GAACCAGCUGAUGAGAACAAGAUCCCGAAGGUGGUGUUCGACAUCUUUUACGUAGGGACGGACCAGCUGGCUGCGAAGUACAAGCUUAAAGGAGGUUACUUCAGCAUCAGGGAGAAGACGUCGGUCACGAAGGCCGAGUUAGACCAAGCGGUCUCUGUCUUGAAUGUUAUCGACUGUAAGAUCUUGGCUCAGGCGACGUUGUACGCGAACAAGGAGACGGAUGACUACAAGGUGUCCUUCCUGCUAGGCGUGCUGGAAGCUUGGGGUCACACAACAGUCAUACUUCAGACAGACCAGGAGCCUGCCACCAUGGCUCUGGCGCAGGCAGUUCGAGAUCGCAGAUCACACUCAACCUUGGUGCGGGGAUCACCGCCCUUUUCCAAGCAGAGUGCAGGCUACGCUGAAGGAGGUAACAAGCUAGCUGCUGGUCUACUUCGAGCCUACAAGCUGAAGCUGGAGCACAAGCUGGGCAGCGAGAUCAAGAUGACGGAUCCGAUCGUGCCAUGGCUUGUGAACUCAGUGGGGUGGAUGAUCACCAGAUUCCAGCCUCGCAGUCACGGAGGUUCCUCCUACAAGAUGCUCUACGGCAAAGAGUACAACGGCGAGAUUGCGGAGAUGGGUGAGCAGGUCUGGUAUCGGAUCUCAGCCCGAGUUGCCGCGGGACGUGGCAAAUGGGAAGCCCGCUUCGCAAAAGGAAUAUGGGUUGGUAAGAGCGAGCUGGACGACACACAUCUCGUGAUCGAUCCUGAACGUGGAGUGCAGAAGGUGAGAACGGUGCGAAGGAUGCCUGAGGAGUUCAGGUGGCAGCCCGAGCUCAUCCAGCACAUCAGGGUGACGCCCUGGAAGCAGACGCCCGACAAGAGUUCAGGAACGAUCGGACGCAGCAUGUACAUCACGGAGCGCAUGAUCGAUGCUCAUGGUCCUACCGACGAUUGCAGGAAGUGCAGUACAGGAUACGGUUCGCAUUCGGCAGCCUGCCGACAGCGUUUCGAGACCAUUCAGGCCGACUUGCUGCGCGAGAAGUUGGCGAAGGACCCUGUGGCCCCUGAGGCUACAGUCGUGGUGCCAGCGCCGGCUGCGGGAAGCCCCGCGCCUGGAGCGACUUUCGGCGAAGCGCCCCAGGUGAAGUUCGUGAAGGAGCUGAGGAGCCACUUCGGAGAUCCUGAGGAGCAGCAGGUGGAGCAGAUGGUUGAGGUGAGCGCCGAGCUGCAUGAGAAAGACCAGUGGAGCCCAAAGACGAUACACUACGAUUACUACACUGGAGAGCCUCUGGAUGAGGACCUGUAUCAGAAGGGUCGCGACGACGAGCUGCAGGCCAUGAAGGACUAUGGGGUCUACGUGGAAGUGGCGACAUCGACGGCGACCGACGGCAAGCACAUUGGAGGGUUCCCGAUAGCCCACAUGAAAGAAGGAAAGGUCAGGUGGAGGUUCGUAGCAACCGAGGUGAACAAGUACGAGGUCAGGGAGGACAACCACCAAGGCACGCCCCCGCUCAUGAUCGUCAGAGCGACGCUGAGCCGUGCCGCUUCAAGUCCAACUUCCAGCGGGCAGCACCUGCGGAAGAUACAAGUCUGGGACGUCAGGAAGGCUUUCUUCAACGCUGACUUAGACGAGACGAUCUACGUGCAUCCUGGGAGAGAGCUGUGUCCGCCUGGAAGGUGCUGGUGGUUACGCAAGGCCAUGAACGGUACCAGGAAGGCGUCGCAGAUGUGGGGUGAGCUUGUGAGAACUACUAUGGACGACGGCCAUUGGGAAUGCUUGGUUGGAACUCCUAACGUGUUCUACUUACCUGCUAGCCCCAACACAGCCCCCUUCGACGAGGAUAGCACAGCGAUCUGUCAUGGCGAUGACUUUCUUGCUGAGGGCUACGACGAGCAGCUGGACGAGCUGGACGAGUUGUUGAAGCAGCAGUUUGAGGUCACGGCCAGCGCCAGACUUGGACCAGGAGCGGUGGGGCAGACUACAUACCUCAAGAGGACGAUCGGCUACACCGACAAGUUGCCAGGUUGCGAGGAGCCAGGUUUCUUCUGGACUGCCGAUCCUAAGCAUGUGGACUUCAUGAUCAAGUGGACGCAGAAGCGAGGACUUCAGUGUAAGACGUACCUGAUCGAGACCCAGAGGCCCUGCAACCUGAAGAUCUAUAGUGACAGCACAGCUGGACGUGGCAUGUGCAGUCGAGUUGGGGUGGGCAAGGUCAGGCACCUGGAGUUGAGGUACUUGUGGAUUCAGGAGCGGUUGCGUCUCAAGGCGUUCGAGCUGCACAAGGAGGACACCAGCAAGAUGACAGCCGACAUGCUCACGAAGUACAGCGAGUGGCCGACAAUCGAGAAGCAUUGCACCACUCUCAACCUCAGGUUCGGAAAGCAGUUGAAGGGCUUGAGCGCAAUGGCAGUUUUCACGGAGGUCGUGACGAAGGCGUCAGGCGAGAAGGUGACAGUGUACGGAGGUUCUGACGAGGUUGCGGUUUGCCCCGCGCCUGUCAGCCACUACGUGGACAGCGAGGAGUUCUGGUUCUUCCUGAAGUUGGGACUAGUUGUGGUGACUGCAGCCAGUGCUUUCUUACUGGGGUGCUGGUGUGGUUGUUACUUCAAGGACUUCUACGACAAGUUCCUCCUCCAGGGUGCGGUUGACCCCGCCUCUGGAAGCACGUGUAUACCAUCUGCGCGGGCUGAGGCCGAGUUCAAGACCGUGUGUGUACAGCAGGACAAAGGAGCAAGGCACAAGCUCUUAAGCACGUUUCUUGUAGCUGAGCUGCGAGCUGUCUUGAAGGCCAAGAGCCUGGCCGUGUCAGGGAUCAAGGAGGACCUGGUCACGAGGAUGAUCAAGCACGGAUGCGUUCUGUCGGAUCGCCAGGCCAAGGAGAUCGAGCAGCUGCGAGUGAUGGCUACAGCGCGAGGACCUCUUACCAAGCUCAGCUUGCAGGACAUCAGCAGUCCAGAGGCCGCGCAGAAGUGGAUCGAGACGUUCAAGAGCGAGUGCGGAGACCGUUCCAGAGGCUCUCAGGUGAUCCACGGAGAGGGCUAG